AUGCCUUCUCUCUUUUUCUUUUCUACUCAACCAUCAGAAAUUCCAAACUACAAGAUUGUUGCCACUUGCUUGCUAUCUUCUCCCUCUUCUAUCUCCCUCUGCUACAAUCUGCUUAAACGAAACAAAAUGAGCUGGUGGUGGGCUGGUGAUCUUAGCGCUGCCUGGAAGAAACCGGAAGUUCAUGGGGGACAAGGAAGCUACCAGAGCGUGGCCUUGAUAGUAGGAGUAACAGGAAUUGUCGGCAACAGCUUGGCCGAAAUCCUCCCACGCUCCGAUACACCAGGCGGUCCAUGGAAAGUUUACGGCAUGGCCCGUCGUCCUCGCCCAAACUGGCAUGAGAACUGCCCAGUUGAGUACAUCCAGUGCGACAUCUCUGACUUGGCCCAAACACAGUCAAAGCUCUCUCAGCUCACUGAUGUCACUCACAUUUUUUAUGUCACCUGGGCUAGCCGUUCCAACGAAGCAGAGAACUGCAAGAUCAACGGCCUUAUGUUCCGGAACGUUCUUCAGGCUGUUGUCCCGACCGCCACUAAUCUCCGUCAUGUCUGCCUCCAAACCGGAACCAAGAAUUACAUCGGCCCUUUCGAGUCGUUUUACAAUUUCGAAUCGCAUGAUCCUCCUUACUCAGAGGAUCUGCCAAGAUUAAAGGUACACAAUUUUUACUACACUUUGGAAGAUGUUAUGUUCGAGGAAGUGGCAAAGAAAGAGGGAGUGACUUGGUCUGUUCACCGUCCUGAUAUCAUAUUUGGCUUCUCGCCUUAUAGCUUGAUGAAUAUAAUCGUAACUCUCUCUGUUUACGCUGCUAUAUGCAAGCACGAGGGAGCUCCAUUGAUGUUUCCAGGGACUAAAGAGGCUUGGAAUUGUUACGCCAUCGCAUCAGAUGCCGAUCUGGUGGCCGAGCAGCAAAUUUGGGCAUGUGUGGAGCCUAAUGCUCAAAACCAAGCAUUUAAUAUUCACAACGCAGAUAUCUUCAAGUGGAAGCAUUUUUGGAAAGUUUUGGCAGAGCAGUUUGGGAUAGAAAAGUAUGGGUUCGAGGAAGGGGAAAACAGAGUGACCUUGGCGGAGAGGAUGAAAGAUAAAGGACCAGUGUGGGAGGAGAUAGUGAAGAAGAAUCAAUUGUGCCCUACUAAGUUAAAGGAGGUUGGUGGCUGGUGGUUUGUGGAUACCAUGUUUGGUGGUGAGGCUUUUAUAUCGUGUAUGAAUAAGAGCAAGGAACAUGGAUUCUUGGGGUUUAGGAAUUCCACCAAAUCAUUUGUGUAUUGGAUUGGUAAGAUGAGAGCCCAGAAGAUCGUCCCUAACUGA